AUGCUAGCCUUAUCCCCUCCUUUGUUUUCCACAACCUAUGGAUGGCCUUUUGAUGGUCUCAUUACACAAAACCUUCAACAGGAUUGCAAUGAAGCAAAUUCAUAUAAUCCGCUUCUUGAUUGUCCUUCAAAUAUUCAAAUUCAGCAUGACUUUGCACCAGAAAAUUCCCUCUCCAUGUCUUCUAAAGAAGCUGUUAAUGGUAAUAAUGAUGAUCCUAUGAAGGUAGCCAAAAAACUCAACCAUAAUGCCAGUGAAAGAGAUCGCCGAAAGAGGGUUAACGAAUUAUACUCAUUUCUUCGUUCACUAUUGCCCUUGUCAACUGAUCGAACGAAGAAAGUGAGUAUCCCAGGCAUUGUGUCACGCGCGCUAAAAUACAUACCCGAACUACAACAGGAGGUGGAAAGACUAAAGAAUAAAAAGGAAAAGCUCUUGUUGCGUUCGUCGUCAACCAACAUUAGGAAUUUUACUAAAGAAACUAUGAUCCAAAACACAUCAUCAGUAGUUUCAUCCGUAAGCGUUUUAGGUGAGAAAGAUGUUGUGAUCCAGCUGAUUUACUCAUUUGAUGAUACAAACAAGAACAAGAUCAAGGAUAUUGCUUUAUUAUCUAAAGCAUUGGAAUACUUAGAGGAGGAAGAAGAUAAUCUUGUUUUGCUAAGUGUAACUACCUUCAAGUGUCUUGAAGAAAAAAGGUUGCUAAAUACUCUUCAUUUUCAGGUGCAUGGAGGGUGUACAAUAGAGGCUGAAAAGUUGAAGGAGAAGCUCUACUCUCUCUACCAACACUGACGUGAACAUUUACUGUAAUUAUAAUCUGCUGCACAAAAGUGUACACAACAAUCUGAAGCUUGUAGUUUCUAACUUAAUGUAUGGUUGAGGAAGAUGAUCGUUUCAAGAAACUUAACAGCUAGGUCGUUAACUUUAACAGAUUGGACAAAAGUGUAAACAAACAGUAAAUGUAUGGACCAAAUCCGUAAAAACUUUUAAUGAGAGAUGAAAUUCGUAAUCAACACGAAAUUUGUAAUCUAAA